AUGCUUUCUCCUCUUCCUGACGAGAUCAUCUCCGAAAUUCUCUCUCCAGCGCUAAGAGUUGACGACGACAUUUUCACGCAGUCUACCUCCGGCUCAGCGCCAUUCGCCCGUUUCUCCGAGUCCACCUCUGCAUGCCUGCUCGUCUGCAAGUCAUGGCUUAGAGUCGCCACACCACUACUAUACAAUGUCGUUGUAAUACGCUCAAAGGCGCAGGCCAAAGCACUGGCGACCGUGCUUGCCAAAAACGCUCAACUGGGUACCUUCAUUCGAAAACUUCGGGUGGAAGGAGGGUACGGUGCCCCAAUGCAGACAAUACUCCUUCGUUCUCCCAACAUUUCUGACCUAUUUCUUUGUUUCAACAUCUUUGGGACGGACAACACGGACGGUCUAUGCAAGGGUCUUGCGCAUAUCAGUCCCAUCAAGCUCAUUCUAGACGACGGCGGUCAACGUCAGAACAAGCAUACGAUCAAGCUAACCAAUGCCCUCGUGAACGCCAUCCCGAGGUGGGAGCGCUUGGCAUGUCUUGACCUUACCUACGUCGUUUUGCCCGAUGAGGAUGACGAGCCCUCCGAUCUUCUAACCGACCGCAUCUUGAGUGUCUCGAAACCCAUCAUGGACUGUCAACGACUUACGAAACUGGUCGUUGCUGAGCUUGAUUCGGUCGAGGAGGUCUACACUCACUUCAAGGCAUGUCCGCUGAAGGUCGUCAGAGUCAAAGAGCAUCUUAGGCGAUCCCCCUUCAACAAAUAUGUUCUUAACAUUGAAGCCAUCCUCACGGCCGACGAUGUUAGUCUCCAGUUAGAGUAUGAAGCGGAAUCUGGCUUCACCCGUUUCCGCAAUGCCGAUCCACCUGAAAUUGUCCCCUCCCUGGAUCCAUUCUUUGUACCCAUGGCAGGCGUGUCUCUCGAUGUUCAAGAGCACGUUUGGACAAAUGUGUUGCAGUUGGUCUUGUCCAAUAACAGGAUGACAAACGAGGCUACGGACCUCCAGCUGCUGACGGUUUGCAAAAUGUUCUUGCGCUGUGGAAGACCAUUCUUAUAUGAAGAUAUUACUCUCAGAAGGCGGCGCGCCCUCUGUCAGCUCGGCGCGACAUUGUCCUCGAAUGCUGAAUACGGACAACAUAUCCGGAGUAUAACAUUCUCAAUCUUCACCUACAGUUUUGAUGAAGGUGUCAUCCUUUCCUCCGAAAUUUCUGUCGCUCUUCGCGCAAUCAUGGACAGUGCAACUUCCAUUGUCCGCCUAGUCACCACAUCGUCACUGUCCAAUCCUGACGACUACAGCGGGGCGGUGAAAAUUGGCCCUGCCUCCUUCUCAUGGGACGAUGUUGUGUCUCUUUCCUCGGUUGCUGGGGCGACCCUCCGCGAGUUGGUACUGGAAGUGGAUCGCUUUUAUGGGAGGAAGCUUGUCCGAGGAGUCGAUACCGUGUUUGCGGCAUUCCUGGAGCUUCGUAGCCUCGGCUUGACGGUUGAUUCCGAGCUGGCCUUCAACCAGAUAGCAAUCGAUAAGAGUCUUAUUACCCUCCCCAAACUGGAGCAUUUGACGCUUGGAGGAGCAUCUUCCAGCCUUAUGAUCGUCUUAGGAAAGCUAUCGUUCCCUUCUCUCAGGAGUCUUGCCAUCACGGCCAAACUCCCGGGAAAUGCGGGGCUUCAUGCGAGCGCAUGCGGUUAUCCUCACAAUCGCUUCCAACGUCCCUGCAUUCUGGAACUUUGCCCCAAGCUUACAGAGCUGACAGUCGCAUAUGGCCGUCGUGAUACCGAAGAGCUGAAUUCGAGUCUCGACUUUUUCAAACCGACCCGCCCAAAUGAAAGUUUAACCAAGAUGAGUUUCGCUCUUCCCAAUAAACAUGUUUCGCCCACCUGGGAGCAUUUCUUUGCCGGCUUUGCAUCUGGCGUAAUUCCCCACAUCAAGACUUUGGGCGAGAUCACUCUCAGCUACCCAGUCGAGUGGCCGACGACCGAGCGCGAGAUCAACAAAAGUACGUGGGCCCGCAUCGCCAACAAUCUACUGGCUGCCGGCGUCCAAGUUUCCGACCGACGUGGAACGAAGUGGCGAUCAAGAUUGUCGACGGGCGCAAAACAGAGCCGGCCCAGGAAAAGAAAAGCCCCGGCACAAGAAACUGACGAUGAAGACUAA